CCCUACUAAUUUUAAUUUUAAACACACAGAUAGAUAAUGGCAAUUUCCCCCUCCCGGCAGAAUCGACAGCAUUUGCAUUCGGAAUGAGAUGAGACAGUGAAUGUCCAUGGCAGCCGUUAUACCCAACCGCUUCUCCCUCUGUCUUGCCUUUUCCUCGCGUCUUCUUCUCAACUCUCAUAAACUCACAACCCUUGUCUUCACACCCUGGAAAAGAACCUGCACUACCCAUGUCAUUUGCCAAGCUAAAAAGGAAGAAAAGUUGGUGGUUGUUGGAGGUGGAGCAGCAGGGGUGUAUGGAGCAAUUCAUGCCAAGACUAUAGCUCCUCAUCUAAAUGUGAUUAUUAUUGAGAAGGGAAAGCCUCUUUCCAAGGUGAAAAUUUCGGGAGGAGGCCGGUGCAAUGUGACAAAUGGGCAUUGUACUGACAAUUUGAUUUUGGCAGAAAACUAUCCAAGAGGUCACAAAGAACUGAGAGGAUCUUUCUUUAAUGCGCACGGUCCUGAGGAUACCAUGUCUUGGUUUUCCUCUCAUGGGGUGGAACUAAAGAUUGAAGAUGAUGGUAGAGCAUUUCCUGUCAGCAACAGCUCUUCUUCAGUAAUUGAUUGUCUCAUGUCUGAAGUAAAUCAAAGGGGGGUUUCUAUGCAGACCAAAAAAAAUGUAACUGCGGUGUCUGUUUUACCUGGUGGGAAAUUCCAUCUUGAGAUUAAGCAACUACCAGCUGGUUCCACUGAACAUGUCGAAGUCGAUUAUCUCUUGAUUGCUUCUGGAAGUAACCGACAGGUUAUGGGUUAUGAACUUGCAUCUCAGCUUGGCCAUUCAAUCGUAGAGCCAAUGCCGAGCUUGUUUACAUUCAAAAUUGAAGACUUGCGUUUGAGGGAGUUAUCUGGGGUUACAUUUCCUAAAGUUAAAGUAAGACUAAAAUUGGACAGUCUCCAAAAAAAUAUACCUCAACUUACACAGAUUGGUCCGAUGUUAGUUACCCACUGGGGACUCAGUGGACCGGCUAUUCUUCGUUUGUCUGCUUGGGGUGCUCGCUUUCUGUUUAGUUCAGGUUACAAAGGGAGACUUGUUGUGGAUUUUAUACCUGAUGUGCAUGUCGAGAAUUUGAAGACAAUUCUUUCACGUCACAAGCUUCAAUUUGCGAAACAAAAAGUGAUCAAUUCGUGUCCGCUUGAAUUUGGCAUAACAAAAAGAUUCUGGAGCUACGUAUUGGAACGACAGGGUUUAAGUGGCGAUAUCUUAUGGGCCUCAAUUUCAAAUAACUCGUUGAUGUCCAUCGGUUCGUUGUUAAAGGAAUGCGCAUUUGAAAUUACAGGCAAAGGUCCAUUUAAAGAUGAGUUUGUUACUGCUGGUGGUGUUCCUUUAUCUGAGAUUUCACUGAAUACAAUGAAAAGUAAAAUUUGUUCAAAUCUGUUCUUUGCUGGAGAGAUACUGAAUGUUGAUGGGGUCACUGGUGGGUUCAAUUUUCAGAAUGCUUGGUCGGGAGGAUUUAUUGCUGGAACCACUAUUGGUGGAUUAGCACUUCAAAGUCAAAGCUGAUUUGUAACCUUUUUGGGGUGUCGAGGAACAAGUAUACUUUUUAUCUUGUUCUUUUUUGAUUUAAUUUUUCUCUCUUUUUUCUUUCAUAAUCAUAAAUAGUUUAGUGGAUGAGAUUUUAGAUAUAUUUUUGAAUGUCACUUCCAUACAUGGUUCUGAUGCAAGAGACUUGGUGCAUUUGUGAUAGAUAUAGGGGCAAGGUACAAGAUUCUUUUGAAUAUAUAUAUAUAUAUAUUUCAUAUUCCGAAGAUUAUUAUGUAUUUUGAUUUUUAAUUAAUACAAUAACUUUAUCUAUCAAUUAUGUAUAAUAGCUUAUGUGUGUACUAUAUAUUU